CACAGUGUUAGGCAAUUUGAGUUGCUUGCAACAUUAACGCAAAAUAAAACAUAACAACCUCUUGGGUUGUCGAGAAGAAAGAGGAAUCCCAGGCAAGCUAUGCCCCAAACCCUCACCAAAUCUAACUCUUUCCUGGGGAUCCGGAUCGAAGAGGCCCCAGGAACGAGCUUUGAGCCGGGAGACACCAUCAUCGGGCGCGUCUACCGGAAAACCCGAGCCGUCAGCCCACGUGCAAGCGUCACGAUCUCGCUACACGGGGGAUCUGAGUUCAAGAUAGUGGUGAGAAAUGGCCAAAGCAGCACCUUCAGGCGGCACGAUUUCUUCAACGCCCGCGACACUACCUACACGAUAUUCGACGGGCCUCUUCACAUAGAGCCUGCGAGUUCAGGGGUUGCCUGGCCCUUCGCCAUCACCAUUCCUUCGUCGUUUGACCACUUAAGCCUGGACAGAGGCGUGCCCGAGGACCACAGCCACCCGUCACUUGGCCCUGACGAUGUCGCCGCCCGGCCGCUGCCCUCCACCUUCUCUACGGGCAACCCAGUAUUUCCCCAGAACCCGCGAGCAUUUGUCGAGUAUUUCCUCCAGGCCGAACUCCGACUUUACAACCACCGCUCAACCGACGUCUACGAGGCCACGCUCCCUCUGUCUAUGGUAAAUUCGCCGGAACCUCCAAUAACAAACUACCAUCUACGACUUGCCAAGUUUCAAAGGGGAGUCAACUCGCAGCGGCUUGUCCCCGGCAUGGAAGAUGCCGAGCUCACAUUCACGCAAAGGACGCAGAAGUUCUUUGGGUCCCCCAAGAUACCCAACUUCAUCUUCCAGGCCCAGGUGGAGAUCCCGACGGUCAUGCAGCUUAACGACCCGCACCCGAUCCCCAUCUGCCUGCGUGUCAACCCCCUCUGGGCCAAGACCAGCGACAUCAUCCGCGGCGUGCCCCAGAAAGUGAAACUGACAUCCUUGGCCCUCGUCCUCAAGGCCGACACCGAGGUCAAGUGGUCUGACAUCUUCAACACCCAGCACGCCAGCACCCUGCACAAGCCCGAUCUCACCGUUGACGCGGCCUUCCACGCCCUUGGCCACGACCUCUACGUGCCCUGCUCCGUCGAAGAUCCCCCCUUGGACGUCGGCCAGCUGGUCAAUUUCCGCAUCGGCCCACACGGCCGCAUCAGCCCGGCUCCGGAUUAUUCAGGGCAGCCCCGCGUAUACCCUUGCUUCACGACGAACAACAUCCGGCACAGUCAUCGCCUGCAGUGGGAGGUGCGCCUGCUCGUAGCGGGCGAGACGGUCGAGGUCAUGGGCGAGGGACAGGUAACGGUGCUAUCGCCCAGCGAUAGCAGUGGCCGGAGCGCGUGGAUGCGGCCUCCUACUGCACCGGAGAAUACGGAUUCGUGGAUUCGUCCACCGGCAGAGGAGGAGAAAGAGGAGGAUGUGGCUCCGCCUUCGUUUACGGAGGCGCAGAACGGGGGUUAAAGUUGAGGAGAAGGGUAGGAUGAGCUGUCUGGUCUUCAGUUUUCAGAUUAAGGGCUUCUACUGCAAAAUUGAUAUCCGGAAGUGAUUUCUAUUCAGCAUUUUAUAUUGAGACGGAGGAAGUCAACCGCGCUCCGCCUCUGGACCCUCCAUCGCCUCUGGACCCCCACCAGGCGUUGUCCGUCAACCCACACCUCACUCAUCGCAUCACCAACUAGGUAGAAUGGCGGUCAGCCGUCUGGCGCGAAGCCCGACUCCACAACGGGAAUAAGGUGGCACAUACAUGCAGGCGACACGGAUGGG